AUGCUACCAACAGAGACACGUCACUCCUAUCGAACAAUUAAGCUCGACCCCAAAGACUAUACCGUGGCCUGGAUUGCACCUCUCGAGAUCGAGGCCCAGGCUGCCCUACACUUGCUAGACGAGAGACACCGCGGCCGAUUUCCGGUUGGCCGAGGCGAUGACUAUGUGUUUCACGCAGGUGUUAUGGGAGGCCACAACAUUGUCAUAGCAACUCUGCCAGCAGGCCAAGAAUACGGGACUGGCUCUGCGGCUGCACUCGCCAGCCAGGUGAAGAAGUUCUUUCCCAACCUCUGGUUUGGGCUGCUCGUUGGCGUGGCAGCGGGCCUACCUGAUCUGUCCCGAAUUCCAAUUCGCGACAUUCGGUUGGGCGAUAUACUCGUUGGUCUUCCGGAUGGCGAGAGCGCGGGACUGAUUGCGUAUGAUCUUGGCAAGGAAACUGAAGACGGAUUUCAACAGCUCCGACUCAGGCACGCUCUCGCUACGACCGAACCCAUUGUGCGAGCAGCCAUCGGCAGUAUCAAACUCGAGGCGCCGAAUGACACCGGGAGUUUCUUGCCCUACUACGAAAUCAUCCGCAAUAAGGAGCAUGCGGCUGGCACCUUUAGUGACCCGGGCCAGGAUCGCGACACAUUGUUCUUGGCUUAUGAAGAUGGGUCGGAGGAAGUGGCCGUCCGUGCUCCACGACCAGACGCAAAACGCACUCGUGUCUGGUAUGGGACGAUUGGCUCAGGAGACAAGCUAUUAAAGAACGCGCAAAAGAAGAAUGAGUUAAGAGACAAGUACGGCCUUAUUGGUCUAGAGAUGGAAGCGGCGGGAACUAUGAAUCGAAUUCCAGUCGGCGUCAUUCGAGGGGUAUGCGAUUACGGUGAUCGACAUAAGAAUAAGCAUUGGCAGCCAUAUGCGGCAGCAAUGGCGGCUUCGUAUGCCAGGGCUUUGCUUGACGAGAUUCCCCCGAGCGAGGCAGGCCGAACACCCACGUCGCCCUCCAUGUUUGCCACGGCAGCAGAACGGCAGAUGACUGUCAAAGGAGUCCUUGGAUUGACUGAAGAGGUUCAUCGGCCAUGCUAUUAUAUUCAGCUUGCCAAGAACACCCGCUUCACUGGUCGUGCUACCAUCCUGAACACACUGGAAGAGAAAUUCUUUGGUCAGGACCAGGGCCAGAAAGUGGCCCUCGUCGGACUCGGUGGAGUGGGCAAGACACAAAUAGCUCUGCGUUUUGCGUACCAAAUGAAGGAAAAGCGGCCUGACUAUUCGAUAUUUUGGGUACCAGUUCUAAGUGAUGAGAGUGCGGAACAGGCUUUUGCGGAAAUUGCCAAAAAGCUUAAUUUGCAGAAGAGUAGUGAAGAGGAAGAUGUUAAAGAGCUAGUUUGCCGGCAUCUCAAUUCGGACAAAGCUGGCAAAUGGCUUCUCAUUAUAGACAACGCUGACGAUAAGGACCUCGUUGUUGGAUCCGCCGAUAAGCCCGGCUUGGAAGAGUAUUUGCCGCAGAGCGAGAACGGUAGAAUCUUAUUGACGACCCGAUCUGGGCAAAUCGCGGACGAAUUCGCGCAAUCCGAUGUGAUCGAUAUCGAGCAAAUGGAUCAGGGAGAAGCAACAGAUCUCCUGCAGAAAUCCUUAAUUCGAAAGAAGCUGCUUCAAGAUGAAGCGCUUGUCGCCGAGCUGCUCACCCAUCUGACUUUUCUCCCGCUAGCUAUUACGCAGGCUGCAGCAUACCUAAACCAGACCAAGGCGCCUAUUCAAACGUACUUAGGGCUUUUGCGAGGCGCAGAGAAGGACGUUAUCAGAGUGUUGGGUAGAGAAUUCAAAGAUACCACUCGGUAUAGAGAUUCCCGAAAUGCCGUAGGAACAACAUGGCUAGUGACUUUCGAGCAGAUCAAACAGUCAGACCAGGUCGCGGUCGAUCUAUUGUCAUUCAUAUCAUUCAUUGAGUCGAAGGCGAUUCCUCAAUCGAUCUUACCCAAUGCGGAGCCCGACGAGCUGGAAUGGGCGAUUGGAACGCUUUGUAGCUACUCGUUUCUCGUUCGUCGUGGAGAUAGCAGCACAUUUGACAUGCACAGUCUUGUACACAUGGCAACGCGAAGAUGGGUCGAGAAGCAGGGCCGGGCGGAGCAGAUGGCGGACGAUGCGAUUUGUCACCUUGCGAACAUCUUCCCUUCAGAUAAGCAUGGGAACCAUGACUUAAGAAGGGAGUACCUGCCACAUGCGACGCGGCUACUGUACCAGAGUACUGAGAGCAGGACAGAUGAUGCAUGCCACCUUUUAAGGAAAGUUGGAGAUUACCUUAAUACUGAGAGACGGCCCAAAGAAGCGGCGAGAUGCUAUGAGGAGGUCUGUCGCUGGAAUAAGGACCGACUUUCUGAAAAAGAUCAGGAUCGACUAUCAUCGGAGCACGCACUUGCGAGAGCAUACCUCGCCGACCGACGGAUUAAGAACGCGAUCAAGAUGUUAGAGCACGUGGUGGCAGUCGAGAAAGAGACGCUAGAUGAGAAGGACCAUUCUCGACUAACAUCAGAGCACGAACUUGCGAGCGCAUACCUCGCCGACCGACGGAUUGAGGAUGCGAUCAAGAUGUUAGAGCACGUGAUGGCAGUUCGGAAGGAGACGCUGGAUGAGAAGGACCAUGAUCGACUUGCAUCGGAGCACGAACUUGCGAGGGCAUACCUUGACGACCGACGGAUUAAGGAUGCGAUCAAGAUGUUAGAGCAUGUUGUGGCAGUUCGGAAGGAGACGCUGGAUGAGAAGGACCAUGAUCGACUUGCAUCGGAGCAGGCACUUGCGAGCGCAUACCUCGACGACCGACGGAUUGAGGAUGCGAUCAAGAUCUUGGAGCACGUGGUGGCUGUGGAGAGCGAGACGCUAGAUGAGAAGGACCAUGAUCGACUUGCAUCAGAGCACGAACUUGCGAGGGCAUACCACGACGACCGACGGAUUGAGGAUGCGAUCAAGAUGUUAGAGCAUGUGGUGGAAGUUCGGAAGGAGACGCUGGAUGAGAAGGACCAUGAUCGACUUGCAUCGGAGCACGAACUUGCGAGCGCAUACCUCGACGACCGACGGAUUGAGGAUGCGAUCAAGAUCUUGGAGCACGUGGUGGCUGUGGAGAGCGGGACGCUAGAUGAGAAGGACCAUGAUCGACUUGCAUCAGAGCACGCACUUGCGAGCGCAUACCUCGACGACCGACGGAUUAAGGAUGCGAUCAAGAUAUUCGAGCAUGUGGUGGCAGUUCGGAAGGAGACGCUGGAUGAGAAGGACCAUUCUCGACUAACAUCGGAGCACGAACUUGCGAGGGCAUACCUCAACGACCGACGGAUUAAAGACGCGAUCAAGAUGUUCGAACAUGUGGUGGCAGUUCAGAAGGAGACGCUGGAUGAGAAGGACCAUUCUCGACUUGCAUCGGAGCACGAACUUGCGAGCGCAUACCUCGACGAUCGACGGAUUGAGGAUGCGAUUAAGAUCUUGGAGCACGUGGUGGCUGUGGAGAGCGAGAUACUUGCCCAUGAUGAUCCAGACAGACUCCUGUCCAUUGGUCUCCUUAAAGGGGCGCAUGAAACUGCAAGUGACAUAUGA